GUCAAAUGAAAUAAAUAAACCCGUCACAGAUGAAGAAUUGAUGAAAACACCUAUCAAAUCAGUCUGUAAACAGAACCGUUAUAAUAAUGCAUAUUCACAAAAAUAUAACAUCAUAGGAAAAAGGUCAGAUGAAAUAAAAUAUGAUGAUAAUUUGAGUUCAUUAUCGAAAAAACCAAUUAAACCAGUUACAGAUGAAGAGUAUCAAGAAUUGAUGAAAACAACAAUCCAAACUACGCGUAAAAAUAAUAAUCUAAAUUCAAAAGAUAACUCUACAGAAAGUAGAUCAUUUGAAAUAAAAUCAAUUAAACCUGUUACAGAUGAAGAAUUUCAAGAAAUAAUGAAAACACCCAUCAUUGGAUCAAGAAAACCAAUUGAGACUGUUACAGAUGAAGAAUUUCAAGAAUUAAUAAAAACACCCAUCAUCGGAUCAAGAAAACCAAUUAAACUUGUUACAGAUGAAGAAUUUCAAGAAAUAAUGAAAAAACCACCCAUCAUUAGAUCAAGAAAACCAAUUGAGACUGUUACAGAUGAAGAAUUUCAAGAAGUAAUGAAAACACCCAUCAUCGGAUCAAGAAAACCAAUUAAACUUGUUACAGAUGAAGAAAUUCAAGAAUUAAUGAAAACACCCAUCAUCGGAUCAAGAAAACCAAUUAAACUUGUUACAGAUGAAGAAUUUCAAGAAGUAAUGAAAACACCCAUCAUCGGAUCAAGAAAACCAAUUAAUCCUGUUACAGAUGAAGAAUUUCAAGAAUUAAUGAAAACACUUAAACCUGUUACUGGAGAAUUUCGAGAAUUAAUGAAUUCACCCAUCAUCCCAUAG